AUGGACUACUCUCCCACGAGGAGCGAAUUGCGAAAUGUUGCGUCACAACUUGAUACAAAGAGGACUGGUGCGAUAGGCGGUGACAGCGGUGGCUCAGCGGUAGCAGGCAAUAAUCCAAAAUGGCGGCCUCAGCAUGCACUUUUGUAAAAAUCGUUAUUUUCAUUGUAUAAUGCUAAGAUCUCUAAAGUGCUAAUGAGUUGAAAUGCUUCGAUGCCUUUGUAAAAGUCUUAGGCUGUUACCCUUCCGAGAAGAAUUUGCUUUUCGGAAGUCAAGAUCAUUGACAGGUGAGUCAGAAAAGUGAGAGGGUUUCAGAAGGCGCUGUGGCUACAUGCCCGACGGCCGGGAAGGGUCUUAAAAAAACUAAGGCUGCAUUCAUUAGGUAUACCACAGGGGCUGGGGUGGGGUGGGGUGGGGAAAGAAGAUUUUUGUGGUGGUUCUUAAAAUUUUUGGAAGGGAAACAGGGGGGGGGGGGAUGGUAAAAAUUUCGGAAGGCAGGAAGGGGCCGGGGAUGCCAAAUUAAUUUUUUGGAGAUGCCAUUCAAAGAUUAAGUAUUAAGCAUUUAUUGAUAAACCACUACACAAGUGAAGUUCCUUUAAUAUUUUCUAGUUCAAUGAAGGAUGUGUUUAUUAUUAAUACACUAAACUGCAAUGUCCUUUACUUUGUGCAGUAGCCAGCUCUAUCUACAUUAAAACUGUGACAGGUUUGAACCCAGGAGUCAUUUCAAAAGGUUGAGUUUGAUCGUCCGGGUGAGCGUAGUCCUGAAUAGGACUGUUGUUGUUGACAGUGACUGACAUUUCGACAACCUGUGCGGUAGUCAUCUUCAGAGUCAAAGUGAGUUGUAUCACGUCAGUUGAUGGUAUUAUACUCUGGUUAUUGAUCUGGUUGGUCAAUUAUGUUGCGAUUUUAUUGGUCUUCUGUCAGUUAAGCCUUAAUGUUAUUGGCUAUGAAGACUCGUAAUCAGUGAUUGGUGCAUUUCGAUCCGUCUAUUGUCACAGUUAAACAGUUGUCUAUUGUUAGUCAAAUUGCCAGUUCAGUUGUUCUCUCGUAGUUAGUGUUGCUUGAACUGACAAUUUGACUAACAAUAGACGACUGUUUAACUGUGACAAUAGACGGAUCGAAAUGCACCAAUCACUGAUUACAAGUCUUCAUAGCCAAUAACAUCACGGCUUAACUGACAGACGACCAAUAAGAUCGCAACAUAAUUGACCAACCAGAUCAAUAACCAGAGUAUAAUACCAUCAACUGACGUGAUACAACUCACUUUGACUCUGAAGAUGACUACCGCACAGGUUGUUGAAACGUCAGUCACUGUCAACAACAACAGUCCUAUUCAGGACUAUGCUCACCCGGACGAUCAAACUCAACCUCUAUCUACAUUAUCAUUUAAUACAUCACACCUUUACUUUUAUCCUGCUUUUAUUAACCCAUUCGCCCCUGGACCGCCCGUAACCGCCCGUGCGGAUCCAGGUCCUUUCUACCCUUUGUGACGUCAUCAGUUUUAACGGUCAAGGACAACUUUCUUCGCUAACUUGUGCAGAGUGAAGAGAUCUUUCAAACCAUACCAGAAUGAGCACAAUUCAGUCAAGGACACCGGAGAAAGAAGCAAAAAACCACGUGACAUUGACCUGAAAAUCUCCAUGAAAAUCUUGUUCCAUUACCCACCUACCUUUCCUUUCACCUAAUCCUAAGAUCCUAAAGGCUUUCCUAAAAACUCUUCCCACCAAAAUCAAGCCUACUAAAUGCCCAGCAAGAGAAAAAAAAAAUGAGGCAAGAAAAGCGAAAAAAGAAGGGAGGAGAGAAAGCGAAAAGUAAAAGUCAAGACUGCUGUGUCACUUUUAAACCCAAAAACUAUGUCGAAAUUUUGCUUUCUGCGCAUGCCCGAAGUUUGCAAGCUGAUAUUUUGCAUCUGGAUCAGAAGGCCGCCAAGUGUACGACCUGUAAACCGGUUUGUGGUAAGUUUUAGCUCUUUAUAGCACGACAGUGACCAGAAAACCACUCGACUAGCUUCAAAAUGCGUUUUUCGGCAAAAUCUCCAGGAGCGAAUGGGUUAAUAACGUCACAGAUUGUUUUCAUUGUCAUUAUCACCAUCAUCAUUGUCAUCAUUAUCAUUAUCAUCAUCAUCACCAUUAUCAUCAUCAAAAAUUAACCCACCUUUCUCACUUUCUGAGCUUUUCAAGUUAUGUAUGGUUAGGUCUUCAGCUCUAUGCUUGCAAGAUUUAAAUCAACUUUCACAGCUUAGAAGGCAGAAAAAGAUAAGUAGUAUUUGGUUUGUUGGCACUCCAGUUACGCUGCAAAAUCCACUAGCCUCAGGCUAUUGGACACUACUUUCUUUGCAUGCUGGUGAUCAGGGAAACAAGAAUAGCUUUGCAGCUGAGCGGUUGUGGUUUCUUGGGCAUAGAGUAGAGUCGACACCGUUACGACAAUUAGAUGAUGCAGCAAAAUGACUUGUAGCAAUGACUCAUGAGACUCUGUAUGAGUCAGACAAAUUUAAGUUUUAUUUGCUUCAGUGUUUUAUCUUAGGGGACAAGAAAUGUUAAAAUAAAGUAAUUUUCUUUCAGUUUAUCAAGUGAGGUUUGCCUCUGAAUUGAUUGAGACUCUUAAGCCACACUUGAAAAACCUUGCAAGACAACAUGCAGAUAUUACACAGAGAUUAUCAGUCACACAGGUAAAGUUUUAAAAUAAUUUUAAAAAUAUGAACUAAUAUCAAACCUCUAUAUAUGACCACCUUGUAAUAAAAUUAAUAUGAAGUCCAUUCCUGAUGGUAAAUUUUGUCUGCGGUAUUUGAAUCUCACAAGUCAAAGCAUACAUCAAGUCACCUUAAAGGGGUUGUUUCAAGGCUGUCUAGUUAAUUUUGUUUAUAAUACCAGUCAUGCAUCCGUAUUUAUUGGCUAUGGAACGUAGUGGAGAAAUAAAAUAUAAUUAAAUAUAUAUGUUGUAGUUGAUUUUUUAUUUCAGUUAAUUUUUAUUUUUCCAUUGUUUUACCAUACCUAAAACAAUGGAAACAUAAAAAUUAACUGAGAUAAAAAAUUAACUACAACAUACAUAAUUGUUGUAUGUAAUGCUUUCUUAAAUGCAUUGCUUGAUUUUUAUUCCUUUAAAUCAUGUGAUAAACUAUUCCAUAUUAUUGCUCCUUGUGAAUGACAAAGUGACAGCUUUGUGUCAACAAAUAUGUCUCCCAAGCAUUAUAUCAAACCCUAUGAACAAAAAAAUUAAACUUUAAAAAACUGUUAGGCCAACAAGUUUUCAAAAACAAAUUGUUGUCUGUUUCAGUCUUCUUCAAGUUGGUACAUCCAUGCCUUCCUUUGUAUAUAUGUUGUGUUAUUUAUACUUUUUUUGUAUUAUGAACAGUUAUUUGAGCAGUUAUUUGUUUUUAAGAUUUUGUUAUUUGCAUUUAAGGCUAUCCAUGGUAUAGCCCUACAUACAUUCAGAACUUAGUUUCUUUGAAAUCGCAAGGCACUUAUAACCUCAGAUUGUCAGGUGGGAUUUUGCUAGCAUCGUCAACAUAAAUUUUAGAGAUAAGGUCACACUAGGCGAUAGGUCCUUCCAGGUGGCUGCGCCCAAGUUAUGGAAUGCUCUUACGCGUGAGCUUCAUGAUAUUCCAAACUUACAUACUUUUAAGAGCAAUCUUAAGACAUAUCUUUUUGAGUUUGCUUCUGGUUGAAUGAAUUUUAAUUGUUCCAUAUCGAUAUUUUAGAUUUUUAUGGCAGAAGUGUAUAUAUUUUUAUUGUUUUGCUUAUUACAAAUUGUUUGUAGUUUGUAAUGCGCAUUUGAUCAUUUUUAUGAAUACCUGCGCAAUAUAAGUGAUUCAAUUAUUAUUAGUAGUAUUAAUUAUUAUUUUAAAUUUUACUCCACAUCGUAAGGGUUCCUAAUGUCUGAAUUUGAGAAGUAAUGUGACACGGCUCCGUUUUGAUUUGUUAAAGUUAUCCACAUUAUUGGUACAAAAUCUAAAUAUUUUAUGAUUUUAAAAUAAGAGUAGAGAAGUUGUUAAAAGUCAAUCAAUACAUGAAUACAACCAUAACAACAAUAUUACAUUACAUUACUCAAUAAAUCUGUUCACUGACCUACAUUUCUGAUUGUGUGUGGCCAACUGAUGUGGCAUAUUUUCCAAUUUUUUAGCUUACUGGCUUAUAGCCAGUAAUGCUCUAAGCUAUCAUAUGCAUAAGAAUGAAUGAAUGAAUGAAUGAAUGAAUGUAAGGUCAUUUAAUUUUUAUUGAUCCAGCCUGCGAAAACAUCCGUUUCUCCUCGCUCUUCGCCACUGGGAACGUUUCGCGCGGAGGAACGUCUGCGACUCAGCGACAGAAAUUCCAUACUGAUGACGUAAAAUCUGUCCAGAAUCCGGUCAGAAGCGCUGAUUGGUCGACGGAGUAGUUACAUUGUUUUAGCUAUUGUUUACGAAUGACAGACAAAAGACAAAAGGCCACAAAGGUCAAAUGUAAACGCGAAGAAUCUCAAGCAAAACAGUCAAUAUUUGUAGAAUAUACUCUUCUCGAGAAGAAGCGUUUGAGUUUUGCUGGAGCUCGUUGGCAGAUGAACACAACACAUUACCAAAAUCGACCAGAAGACACUUAGAAUUGGACAAAUUUGUAUUUGGAACCCCAUGACUACCGGAUUUAUUAUGUAAACAUUGAUUUGCGUCAUCAGUAUGGAAUUUCUGUCGCUGAGUCGCAGACGUUCCUCCGCGCGAAACAUCCCCAGCGGCGAAGAGAGAGGAGAAACGGAUGUUUUCGCAGGCUACUAUUGAUCUCAUGUGUGCAGUACAGGGCUGUCAACCCCCACCCCCCACAUCAUCAAAUAUUGAGAACUGAUACAGGAAGAAAUGGUAGAUGACAUCAUAUCACACAACAAAUGACGUCUUUUGUGCCAGAAAAAGCUCGUUGAUCCUGUCAUCGAUGUAUAUAGCACAUAAACAGAUCAUAUUAUACCAUAAUUUAUGGGAAAACGUUCCCGCAGCAGCUCAAACAAUGCAAAAUAUUUGAAAUUUUAUGGUUGGAAAAACGAGUGUACAAGAAAUAGCAAUUUUGGCGAUUAUCCGGGAGGUAUCAGACUCUAAUAUAGAGACAGGGAGAUACAGUACAAAGUCUGGAGUCUGCUGGAUUAUCCAGGAGAGUUGACAGUACUGGCAGUAAUGCAUAAACUACGGAGCUGAAGGGACUGAGUUCCAUACCUGCUAUCUUCUAAUUUUUUUCAGCCUGUUUUAUAAAGUGUUGUUAUGACAACUUGGAGGAAUUUGAUACUGAUUGUUCUUAUAGGGCUUUUUAAAAAGGUUAAGGUGGCUGAACACAGUUUUGGCAGUUUGUGAGUAUACGUCAUUUGCGAAAUCAUGGCAAGAGAAAGGUUGCAACUCACAAGCUGAAACUUGCAGUGAAAAAAUACUGAUGUGAAAGAUUUUGAUUGACAGGUAAAAUGUGACUUUUUCGUAGUUUCCAUGGCAACAUGAACACUUGAAUAAAACCUUAAAAUUUCUCUUUUGCUCAAUUUACAUAAAGUUCACUCAUUAGAUUUUCCUAUAAACUUGCACACAGCUUACUAUAAUAAUUAAACAUUACCAUUUGAAACUUAUUUGACCAAAUUUUAACAAAUGGGUUUUUUAGAUAAUUAAUAAUAUAAUUGUACUGUAAUUAUUAAAUGUGUCAGAUAAUUCGUCUGUUCAACUUCCAUUUUAAAGUUCUCAUUAUUUAAAAUACAAUAAAAGUAAAAAUUCUGCCAAAUAUCUCAAAAUUUUAAUGAGUAGAUUUUUAGAAAUCGUCUUCUGUGUACUUAUUUAUUUAUUUAUUUAUUUUAUUUUUUUUUUUAUUCCUCCAAUUCCUAGCUGAUACAUAGUUAUGUAAAUAUAACUGAGAAAAAUAAUAUAGUAAGGGAUAAAGAUUUACAAAGGAAAUAAACGCGUAAAAUAGAAAUUACAACACUUAAAUUGAAUUACAUUGUAUAUUGGAAGGAGAGGAGAGGGGCACAUCUAGUUAAACUAAUAUUGUGCCCCUUAAAGUUAUGUAUAACAAAGGACUUAAGAUUAUUAAUAAAAAAGGAAAGCAAAAAAAUGACAAAAUAGCUCAGAAAGUUAUAGAAGGGAUAUUGAUUCAUUAGUAUUGAGCCAGGUACCAGCGCAAAAGUGCUUUUUUAAACAUUUUUUUAGAUGGUUUGUCUCUAAUCGAUUGCGGAAUAUCGUUCCAAAAGAAACUUCCAAUAAUGCUGGGGCAACAUCUCCUAAGAUUAGUUCGAAAUAAAGGUAUUGCAACUUGAUUGGAUGAUGCACUGCGGGUACUGUAAUUAUGUAGUUCAGAUACUAAUGAAACAGGUAUAUUAGGAAACUUUUCAUGGUGGAAACGUGACUACUUUGAAGAAUGAUUUUGUUUUGCAAGCACGUGUUUUGUACAGACUAUUCAUUGCCAGUAAUCGCUAGCUCAUGUCCUCUCAUAGGACUAUGUUUCUUUACCCUUGUAAUCUGAGGCAAUAAUUGCUCAUUUGAAUGUGAUGAAUGUCAUGAAUCUGCUAGGAGUAAACAGACAAGAUUAGAUGGCAAAUUGAUUCUAUGCUCCUGUUACUUACAAGCUCUGUCACAGAGAAAACAUACUUAAAAUCCAAAUUACUUCUUAUUAAAUAUUUUUGUUUCGUUCUUCAGGGAGAUAUACCAUCAGCAAGUGAACAUAAGAUGUUAUCCCAACAACUUUACAGACUUUCACCAAUUGUCCAGCUGACAAACAAGAUUGAAGGAAAGCUUAAGGUAACAAUAAACUCUUUGGUUCCCUCUGAUAAAUGUGAUUUACGGGUAAUGUUUACACCCUAGACUACCCGUAAACAAAAGUUCCAGAAAAAUUAAAAUAACCAACCUUCUCCCUUUUUGCUCUAGGAAGCACACAAUAAAAUGAGUUUGAGGUCACUAUAUUGCGGACCUACCAUCAAAACAUCCAUAUGCAACCUCCUCUCAUAAGCGAUCACCUCCUAUAAGCAACCAUCUGUCCAAAACACCAAAAGUUUCUGGUCAAAGACCUAUAACAGAGGCGGAUCCAAGGGGAGGGUUGAGGGGGUUGCAACCCCCCUCUUUGGGAAGUUUUCAAACUUGUCUGGCUACCCAUGUCAACCCCUUUUUCAUACUAAAAAUAAUGUCACAAGUUAUAAUGUAAGUUCCUGUCCGAUCGAUCAUUACAAGAAGACUGUAGCUAUUCCUCUUCUUGACUCCUUAAUCAUCAAAAUGCAAGAUCGAUUGUCCGACGAAGAUCGCCACGCCCGCCAUCUGCUUUGUCUCGUGCCAUCGAUUAUAGUAAAUAAGGCACUGCAGCUGGAUGAUGAAGUAGAAGGCGUGCUGUUCUGGGAGAAAGAUAUUCCAUUUCUCAGUCCCCUGGAAAUGAGGUACGCAGAAGGAAAACACUCUGUCAGUCAACAGAUACGGAGUUUCCAAACAACCUUUUAUUAGCAUUAGGUACAGGCGAUGAAGAUGCUUCCGCAAACAUCUAUCGCCUUCUGGUCAUUGCCUGCUCCCUAACGAUCACAUGAAAUAAAUCAAGACCUGCUCUAGGUCAACAGUGUCGGAACAGCAGUUCUCUGAUCUCGCAGUGAUUGCCAUGUACUACUCCGAGGGAUUGGAGGUAGAGGUAGACGAGAUAUGCCAGCAAGCCUUUGUAAAGGCUCAUCUAAGAAGGCUCUUUCAAGCUAGUCUGUUUCAUUAAAUAGGCGGGUAAAAAGGAGACAAACAACUAUCGGUUUUGCACUGUACUCUUAGUCUUCAAUAAUAGCGUCUUGAAUUUGACAAAUUUAUACCUCUGAAAUCAAAAUAAAGAAAAUCUACAUAUUCAAACAUUACCCUUCCCUCCCCCAUUCCUUUGCCCCUGCGACGUUUGCCUUGAACUCUCAUACUUACAACCCCCUUUUUGGAAAAAUCCUGGAUCCGCCCCUGUAUAAUAAUAUUUAUUAAAACCUCUUGUAAGGGACCGCGACCACGUUUUUGGUGAUGGUCUUUUGACUUUCCUUUGUUUUUAACCUCUUGAAAACAACCGCUUGAUGUGUAUGUAUGUACUACUCCCCUCAGAGUCUACAAAGAACUUUCAGUGACAACAUGGAACUACACAUACUGUAAUUAGAAAUUAUGUACAUGCAAUAAAUUUUCUUCCAAAAUGUAGAUGUAGCCGUACAUCUUCUUAGAAGAGACCACCUGUGGUUUGAUUCUCGUCAGUGAUCAACUCCCAUAAGUACUACUUAAUCUUGAAAAGAUUUCAUUUGAAUCAUCAAAUCAUAGGAGUUUUAUGACCAUCCAGAAAGUGAAAAACUCGAAGAUGUUUGCAAAACGGUUGCUCAGUUUUUGCCCCGCCUUGCCUAUUUAGAUCUUUUUGUAUAGUGUACAGGUUACACAGCAGAUGACAUUUACAGUCAGUUAUUUUUAACACCGCUGGUUUGAGUCCUGUGAUCCAAGUUAGAAAUGAAAGGGCAAGUGCUUGCCGUGUCCGCGCCCAUUAUUCCAACUUUGUCAUUAGAUUUUAGAGCUCUUCUAUGUAUGAAAUUUGUCAGUUGUUUGGAAUAUUCUGCUAGUUUUAGGUUCAUUUUGGACUGAUUGAUUGAACGAUUGAUGGUACACGCAGGUGGGGAUGGGGGGGUAUUGGUUGAAUGGAAUUUUCUUGUUGCGGCUUUUCCUUCUGUAACGUUUGUAGGGCUGACUACCUAUCAAUCUGCUGAGCACUUAACUGUAUCCACAACAGAGUCAGGAUAACCUCAUCUUUUUUUGUUGAUCAUGGUUUUAUAAGUUUCCAGUGAGCGCUUGAUGUGUAUGUAUGUACUACUCCCCUCAGAGUCUACAAAGAACUUUCAGUGACAACGUGGAACUACACAUACUGUAAUUAGUAAUAAAUUUUCUUCCAAAAUGUAGAUGUAGCCGUACAUCUUCAUAGAAGAGACCACCUGCGGUUCAGUUCUCCUCAGUGAACAACUCCCUUAAGUGCUACUUAAUCUUUGCACUUUGGAUGGUCACUGACUGUAAUUUAGUGCAAGUACUGCUGAAGAGAUUUCAUUUGAAUCAGAAAGUUAAAACUUGGAACUGUGAAAUGCGCCUGCAGAAUUGACCCUUAGAAAGCUGGUGAUGAUGAGCUGAAAAUGUAUAAUUAAAAAAAAUGAAUAUAGAUUAUGGAAAGUGGGCAUUUAAUAAUUUGUUUAAUUGAUUAUAACUUUGUUGUCAAAACAAUAAGACAAAAGGGUGUCACCAGAGAGGAACUAAACUCCCAUAAUAGGGUAACCCCCAUGUGUGGUAUUUACACACAAGUUAUUGAUUUUAAAGAAAUCAAAUCUGGAGUGAGCAGCAGUGAGCACAGGCUUUAUUGGCAUUGGCUCCAUCACUUGUGAUGAUUAUCAUUGUCUCUUUCAUCUUGCUGGAGGAAUUCUUUGAUUAUUAUACUUAGAAGUCUCAUUUUACAGUAAAUACAAGUGCUUUGAUAUGUUUCCAGGAAAUAAAGGACUUAAAUGAGAUGAUAACAGAAAUUGGAGGGGAGUUGGGUAAAAUUGCUGAAGAGGAGAAAAGGCAAACACAUGAUGAUAUCAAAGUGUUGGAGGUAAAAUGUUGACUAAACAUGAUGGACAUUAUGCUACUAAAAAUGUCAAUGAUCCUAUUGACAUAAUGUUCAAGCAACACUCUUUCUAUCUUAGGAUAACCUACUCAAGUGUCUUGUUCCUCAAGAUGAUGAUGAUGAAAACAGUGCUAUUUUGGAGUUAAGAGCAGGUAUGUAGAUCACUAGAAACACUCACCUGAAAGAUUUGGAUGAUCACUUUAUUCUCAGUACCAGACAUAUAGCAAGAAUAAAUGUCUAUUUUCAUAACAAAAAAAAGAGAGAAACGCUAUAACUGGCUUAACUUCCCUUUAACACGGUAAAAAGUCGGAAUUAUUCUGCCAUUAUAUUUCGUAGCUCAUAGCUACUAAGAUGCAUUAUAAGCAAUUAGUCUACAUUGGAUGUAAAUACAAGGUAGGCCUAGAUGUAUAAAAAAACAUAUAUAUAUGUAUAAAAAAAAAAUUGGUAGGCAUAGAUGUAUUCCAGAAACCUUUGGAUUACUACAUGCUGUAAUAUUAUUGGAAGAUGCACUGCAAUGUUACAUUUAAGUCAUUAUUAAUAAAGUACUUUAAUUUAUUUAUAUGCGAUAAAACUGCUCAACAUCUUUUUUAGAAAGCGUCUUAUUUUGUUAUCCAGGAGCUGGUGGAAAGGAGGCGUCCCUCUUCACUCAUGAGAUGUUUGUUAUGUAUCACAAGUAAGUAAAGAUUUAAGCUGCAACUUUUUUUUUGCCAUAACAGCCAAGAAAAGGCUUCCCUCUUCAGUUGCAGAUGUUCUUUAAUUAUUUGCUUCACUUCCAUAACACUAAUAAUGCGAUCUGCCCCUGACCAGUAUUUCUGCAAUACACAAUGAAAUAAUACCACCCUCAAAGGUUUGAAGCAUAGGGCACUUGUCAGCCAAGCACAAGAAGACAUUUACAAUUAUUUUAGAAGAACAAUACUUAAAACUUCGGUGAGGCUGAACUUGCAUAUUCAUGAGUGCAUUGUAUGUACGAAGUGGUCUUUCCAAUGUCCAUUAAAUUUACAGUCACUCUACAAUGUAUUACUACCACCCUACUAAAUUUUAAUGUAAUAUAAAUUUCGAUUUCCAGGAGUUUAUUGUGAGCUUAUUAUAAAUUUGGUAUUCCUCAAAGCUCUAACUAACUUGUAACUGCAUAUUCAUUUUAGGUUUGCCUCAUACAAAGGGUGGCGGUCUGAAGUUCUUAAUAUGAGUAAAAGUGAUUUUGGUGGACUGAAGGUAUUAAAGAAAGUAUUGUACGAUCAUGAUAACUAUUUUUGUCCUUCAUUUCCCCCAGCAUUUUCUUUGGUUUUCUCUGACAAAUUUGAGGUUUUUUUCUUGUUUCUUUCUCCAACUUUUCUGUCUUAUGAAAAAGUUUUCAAGUACUGGUAAUAGAUACCUUUUUUUUAAAAUUGCCAACUUUUAUUUAAAUUCGUAAAUAAAUUAGAAAAUAUACCAUAAACUGCCGCUUAUAAGCCCAUCCACUUAUAAGUCCCCCCGGUUAUAGGCCCACCUACAUGCAAACAAAAAAAUACAUCCGAUUAUAAGCCCAUCUGGAUAUAAGCCCCAGUUACAGUUUUGAUUUUGUUUUGAAAUUGAACUGAAUUCGAUUUAUUGCUGCCUUUUUAAGGCUUCAAUUUUAAGAGUAAUAAAUUUAAAUCAUACGUCGAUCAACAGUGCUGUUGCCCAUUUCGAAACGUUUUUUUUUUCGUCCGCUUAUAAGCCCAUCCGGAUAUAAGCCCCCCCGUUUAUAAGCCCACCCAAAACCCCUUACGAACUUGUAUAAGCCCAGGGCUUAUAACCGGCAGUUUACGGUGUUGGGACUGGCGUGCAGUUAGCGAGGCUAUUCGGGGCAGGCCAGGCUACAUAAUUAUAUUACAACAAACGGAACUGGACGUUAUGUAAGUAUAUAUUACACAAUAAAUAAAUACUUUUGUGUAGUUCCGUAGAUAUCCAUACCACGCAAGAUUCGAGUUGUUUUAUUAGAUGUCUGGAGAGCGAGAAGAGGAAAAGACGAAAAAGGGGCGGAAUGGGGUGGGGGGGGAUAGAAGAUAAGAAUCUGAAUACCAAACCAGUACUCAAGAAUAUGGAAUUGCCAAAACUAAAGCAACAUAAAGAACAAAACGAAGCCCUUUGAUUGGUGUAGCGAACAUUGGAAAACAAAUGCCGCUUCUGAUUGGCUUAGUGAACAGAGCGAAACAAAUACGGCUUUUGAUUGGUUUAGCUGACAGAGAAAUUGGUUUAGCAAACACAAGGAAACACCUGCGGCUGUUGAUUGGAUAAGCGAAAAUAGAAAAAGACGUAAGGCUUUUAUUGGCUCAGCGAACAUAGGAAAACAUGUUCAGGUUCAGGCAUAGUUACUAUGGUCCAGGGAAACACGUGUUGCUUUUAAUUGGUUUGAAGGGUUUAGUUGAUGCUUGGUCGGUGGAGGAACAGAACACAGCUUUGUCUUUUGAGUUGAUAAAGCUAAUUAACCACCCUUUAAAAAAUCUUAAGUUUCAAGGGCUAUUCCUUCGUUGGAAGAGGCAAUCAAGAUAUUGUGGGUUGUGUGUAGUUUAUCGAAUGGUGGAGCUACACUAUUAGUGGUGUCAUGAAAAACUGAAUAAUAAAUUAGUGGAAUGGAAAGUGUGCAUUGUUUCCUUUCGGAUUUAGAAUGUCGAUUUCAAAGAUAUAUUUCUGUUCUUGACUUUUGCGUCUUUCUCGUUUGGUUUGGUAUAAAGAGAGACCAUGUUUUGGCCAUAGUGAUUCGGAAGAUUAAAAUGUCGCAAGACUGGUUGCGAGGCGUCUUUGUCAUUUCUUUCAACAUCUCGAAGAUGUUCGCGAAACGGUCGCUCAGUUUUUGCCCUGUCUCGCCUAUGUAGAUCUUUUUGUAUAGUGUACAGGUUAUACAACAGAUGACAUUUGCGGUCAGUUAUUUUGAAACACCGCCGCUUUGAGUCCUGUUAUCCAAGUUGGAAAUGAAAGGGCAAGUACUCGUCGUGUCUGCGCCCAUUAUUCCAACUUAGUCAUUAGAGUUUAGAGCGCUUCUAUGUAGAAAAUCUCUCAGUUUUUUGGGAUAUUCUGUUAGUUUUAGGUUCAUUUUGUAACGAUUGAUUGAACGCCUGAUUGUACGCGAAUGGAAUUUUCUCGUUCCGGCUUUUCCUUAGUUCUGUUACGUAUAUAGGGCUCAGGCACUGCCUAUCAAUCUGCUGAGCACGGUUUUUAACUGUGUCGACAACAGUGUCAGGAUAUCCCCGUCUUCUGAAAAACUGAUACAUUUCCUCGUGAGUUUUUCUCAGAAAAUCUGAAGUUUCAUUACAAAGGUGUCGAAUCCUUAGAAAUUUAGAUCAGGAGAUCAAGGUUUUCACCUGAAACCUCACCCUCAUUUGAUAGUUUCAAUGCGAGGACGGCCUUUGUUCUGACUAUUUUUCUCUUUUGUAGGAAGCUUCCGUUAGUGUUAGUGGUAAUGGGGUGUUUGGAAUAAUGAAGUUCGAAACAGGAGUUCAUCGCGUGCAAAGAAUUCCUCUGACUGAAACAAUGGGCCGCAUACACACGAGUACAAUGACAGUGGCAGUGUUACCACAACCCGAGGAGGUGAGAACUUCUAAACAACCUUAAUGAAUGUCUAAACUCUGGACAGAUCCAUGAACUGACAAUUUUUGACACAAAAUGAUCAAAAAGGGGCGGAGAAUUGAUAUCAAUGUACAAACCAUGCUUUUAGUUUCCACUUCGACGAUAUAAUUUUUCGGCUUUGCUUUCUCAAUUUUGUACUCUAAUUCUUUAGGCCCAAUUAUUCGCGUACUUACGUUUGCUUAAAUUCUAUAUCCUCAACUGUCUCUAUGUGUUACUAUAAUCGUUACCUCUUUGCUUUUUUUCCUUUAGGUUGAUGUAGCGAUCAAUGCCAGUGAUCUCAAAAUUGAAACGAUCAGAUCUUCAGGGUAAGUGUGUCUUUAGCCACCCUACAAAUAAAGACUUUAUUAAUACACUCAGUACCACCCUGCUUAACCUGUGAACAGCACAAGGGUAGCUUGGGUCGCGGAGGAAUGAGGAAUGAUCAAUACACAGUUCGUAAACACGUUCUGUUGUUUUCUUAGAGCUGGCGGCCAGCACGUGAACACGAAUGACAGUGCUGUUCGACUUACUCAUCUACCGUCGGGAAUUGUUGUUAGGUGUGAAGAAGAAAGGUCGCAGAUAAAGGUAACUAAUUAGCUUUGUAGUUCCCAUUUACGUAGUUGAAUUAUUCUGCUCAACGUUAGGGACUCAUGAGUAGUAGUCCUAUCGCUGAUUUAGUAUUAUCGAAGCAUGAUCAGUGCAAACCGAGAACACUCGAUUUAUAGUUAUAUGGUACACCCUUUUUUUCUGUCCUAAGGGCUUCUCUGUCGUAGGUUACUCCUGUUCCCACCUUCUUUUAACGCAAUUCUUAUUGCUGUAAUAAGGAGUGGUUUGUUGGAACGCGAAAGACGUUUUUGUUAGCCCGUGUAGCAUGGCGGUUUUGUCUACUGAGCGGCCCUCCUCUGCCCUCGCCCGCCUUUAUUGCUUUGCGCGACCAACCAAAACCGCCAUGUUACGCAAGCUACGUUUUUGUUGGUCAAUCAUUCUUAAACCUUAUUUAUCCCGGAGCUGUGGUUAGGUUUCAGUAUUGUAUUGUAUUGUACUUGUGUUGAAGUUGGUUUUUCUUACUCGAUGCACAGUUCAGACUAUUUAGAAAAAUUUCACCAUAUUCCCUAGAUCGGAAAAAAUGUUGUUUAAAAUCUAGUCGGCUCACUUGUGGCCUUACAACCCUCUAAAUAGUCGUCUGUUGUCGUCAACUCUCGUCCUUGUCUGGGAGGAAUUACUAGUUUUUAAACUGAUCAGAGUUACUGUCAGGUCAUGCCGCUUAACACAUUGGUAGUACACUAAGAUUUUAUUCGCCUCAGUCAAAAAUGUUUGUUUGUUUGUUUGUUUGUUUGAUUACUGAACAGAAUAAGACCAAGGCAAUGAAAGUAUUGCGGGCGCGACUGUACGAUAUAGAACGACAGAAAGCUGAAUCAGAAAGAACUGAAGCGCGCAGAAAACAGGUCAGCUAUUUACUUCGUUUUGAGAAUGUUUAAUUUGUCCGUUAUCAAGAGAGAAUCAUGAGACAGAUAGGGAAAAGCCCAGUACAUCUAGCCCUUGGGAUAUGUGAAUUUCACUAAAGUUGCAGUUGAUUUCCGAAGAGGUCCGCAAACGUUUGUUCAGUGUUUUCAAGAAAGAAUAAUGGGAAUUUAUACUCUCUGGGUGCUGAUAUUCUGCAUUGUUUGCUUUGGGGCAGUCGCGCGUGGACUUGAUGACUUUUCAAAAAAUAUAUUUAAAUGUGCGGACGUCCCAGGAAUUAAAUUUCCGUUCAAUUACAACCCUCUAAAAAUAACUUAAGUGAAAUUCACAUAUCCCAGCCAAAGCCUUAAGUUUCCCUCUCUGCCUCAUUAUUCUCUUUUGACCUUUUUUUAUGAAAAUACACCAAUGAAUCAAUCCACAAUAAAAAAAUUAAUUUAAUGGAUAGAAAUGCUUUCACAAUGAAAUAACCAGAAUAACGAACAUGUAUUACCGGUAACGGCGAAACUUGAUGAAUGUUGAUGAACUUGAUCGUAAUGCUUCCUUGGUCAGCAACGUAGCACCGGGAGGGUGCAUAAGCUCCUCUUCGCUCUGUAUUUUCCAAAUGUCUGGAAAAGUGUAAUUCCACGUUUCUUUUUCUUGUAUUAGAUUGGUGGUGGAGAGCGCUCCGAGAAGAUAAGAACUUACAAUUUUCCACAGGUAAGUCUUUGACUUGUUGCAAGUUAAUUCUCCCCCUAUCAUCAACUUGGAAUAUUUUCACAUCCUUUUCUUAGCUCGAAGCUCUUUAUUUUUCCGUAUUAAAAUUGGUUUGAGGUUCAUUUUAUACCUAAGGUUUACUUGAAACUGUCUAAACUAAAACUACGUCUUACAAAUUUCUUCUUUUUCGGGUGUCUUCGUUGUGGUUCAAUUUUAUCCGUGGUUUAAAUUUUAUUUCCCUUUGUUUUAAGCUCAUUAUCAUACAUUACCAUACCCAAAGACAAAGGGAAAUAAAAUUUAAACCAAGGGUAAAAUUGAACCACCAUACUUACAAGAAAACGAUAUUAGUUAACGGUUGUUAUGCGGUCAUGGCGGCUUUUCAGCGUUGUUUUCUCUUUCUUUUCCGUGUGGUACGACCCAAAGAAUCCAAAUUACCGGUAGUUCUUGAAACCUUCCGCACUGUUUAGUUGCUACUAUUCUUAGUGUUUUUUUGCCCUCUCUAGUUAAUUUAGUCUAUCCUUGUAUACUUUUUUAUUUGGCAAGUAAUUAGCAGGUUGGUUGUUGUUGUUUUUUAUCUGUUUACAAUCUAAUCAGCGAUCUAGUUCACACUGGAAACCAACUAAAAAAAUGUCAGUUUACGAUCGUUUCAUAGUCUUGACGGCCAUAUACGUUUCUACGCGUUUGCAAACUUGAACAGACUCGUGAAGACAUAGCUUAAGAAAAAUAUUCUUCCAAAGGUUUCUCUAUUUGCGGAGAGUGGCCAACUUCUCUGCAAUUAUUAAUCUAUUUACUGUUUUUUUCCCCGCAGGGUCGAGUGACGGAUCACAGGAUAGGCUUGACCGAGCACUGCCUGGAACUUUUUCUUGAAGGAGAAGACAAACUAAAUGAUAUGAUCCUGGCCUUGCAGUCUCAACAUGAAGCCGAGGCCUUACAAGAACUCACCACUCAAUACACCGCUGGAGUUGAUAAACACGUCAGAUAACAGACGCUGUAGUUGCGAGUGUUUGUUUGGAUUUGCACUAGUAUAUGAUGUUUCAUUGGAAACGGCAGAAGAUGUAUAGUAAAAGUAUCCGGAGUUCUGGAAGAAACAAGCGGGAAAUUUUCGCGAUCUAUUUUUCAUAAGGAAUUCAGCUUGUUUCACCGCCUUGCAAGGUUUAAAAUCACUACAUCGAACAAACUUGGGACUUAUGUCCAAUAGUAAUGACAAAAUAGUACUAGAAUGAAUGCCUCAUAGAGCCUCAACUCAAAAUUUACUGCCACCUUGUGAAGCAUAUGAACAAACAUUAACACAGGAAAUUACUCUUCAGUUUUAUUUUUCGUGUAAAUGGCAACGCGGCGUAAGCAUUUCAGUCACAAACUGAAACGUUAAACCACUUCGUAGCAUAGUAACAGUGUAACAACAGGCAGGAAUGAACCUGAGUUUAAUAUUAGUGUCAUUGAAAUGUUCACGCUGUGAGAUUGUUUUGUCCUUCAGCAAUUCAGUUUCAUUUUUAACAGAACAGUGAAAGAAAAUAAGAGUGAUGAAGAAAGAAAAAUCAGAAAAUUCCCAAAUGCAGCUUAAAGGAGUGACCCAAAAUAUCUAGUUAGUGUGAUAAAUUAUGGAAAGGUCUAACUCAGGUGCAAACUUUCAUUUAAACGUUUGAUGUAACAAAGUUUACAGCCAUUAUAUUAUACAAAAUGGGAUGAUUGUGGUUGUUGAAAGACAGUAAAAAAUAAUUAUGCCGAUUUAUAUGCUGUAUCUUUAACUUAUCCGUUUUUUAGGUUUUUUCCUUCCUUUGUUUUUUUUAUUUGUAAGAGAGUUCUACUUUCAGAUAUGUUUCGCUGCCGGACAGCUCGUAACCUGCCAUGGAAACAAACAAAGUCCUUAAAAAUGCG